AUGGCUGACUCUGUGAGCCCUGGGGACGGCUUCAUCCAUGCCCGACUUCUUCCUCCAUCUCGCUUCGUUCUACCAUCACUCGAAUUUGUGUAUCCGCUAAAGCUAAUCUCCACCUCACCCCCGGCAGCUCCGUACCUCACCGUCUUCCUCCUAUCCUAUGGCGGCGGACUCGUAUCAGACGACAAAAUCAACCUCAAGAUCCUCCUCGAAGAGCACGCAAAGCUGUGCCUCCUAACCCAGGGCAGCACCAAGAUCUUCAAGCGCAAACACCCUAGCCACCACACCUCCCAAACCCUCACGAUAACGCUUCACCCGUCCUCGGCACUCCUGCUGCUCCCCGACCCCAUCCAGCCAUUCGCAGACAGCUACUACACACAGCACCAGAUCGUCAACCUCCCGCCCGACGAUACGGCAAGCUUCGUCCUCCUAGACUGGGUUAGCGAGGGCCGCACGGCCCGCGGCGAGCGCUGGGACUUGGCACGCUUCGAGAGCAGGAACGAGAUCUACACCACCACGGCUUCUGGGCGCCGUCGGUUGCUACUGCGAGACGCAUUGGUGCUCGACAGCGAGGCGCUGGGCGGCGAGAGUCUUUGUGGGAGGAUGGACGGGUUCUCGUGUGUGGCGACGGUGAUUGUGAGGGGUCCUCGGUUCGCCGGCUUGGCCGAGUGGGCGCUGCAGCGUUACACGGAUGAGCCGAGGAUUGGCGGUAAGGGGUUUGCGGUCAAGGUGAGUGAGGAUGAGGCGGAGAAGAGGAAGUGGGAGGUGUUGUGGACGGCGACGAGUGUGAGGGGGUUUGUGUUGAUGAAGGUGAGCGGGAAGGAGUUGGAGGAAGUUAGAGGGUUUCUGAAGGAGUUUUUAGAGGAUGAGGGAAGUGUGGUGAGGGAGUUUGGUGGAGAUGCGUUAAGGUGCUUGCAGUAG